UUCAACUUUCCAAACGUUCGGACGCCUGGGAGCGCCGGGCCGAGGCUCUGCGUCUGUUUCCAUCCAUCGUCUCCCUGAUACUCUGUGCAUAAGUGGUUGGCAGGCGAUCCCGGGGGCGAAUUUUUGCCCCGAGUAUCGGAAUAGCCUCAGUUUCAAUGAAACGGAAACCUCGACCUGUCUCCCAGUUGGUGGCACAGCAGGUUACUCAGCAGUUCGUGCCCCCUGCCCAGUCAAAGAAAGAGAAAAAAGAUAAAGUAGAAAAAGAAAAAAGUGAAAAGGAAACAACUAGCAAAAAAAGCUGUCACAAGAAAACCAGGCCAAGAUUAAAAAAUGUGGAUCGGAGUAGUGCUCAGCAUUUGGAAGUUACCGUUGGAGAUCUAACAGUCAUUAUCACAGACUUUAAGGAGAAAACCAAGUCACCGCCCGCAUCUAGUGCUGCUUCUGCAGAUCAGCACAGUCAGAGCAGCUCCAGCUCCGACAACACAGAGAGGGGAAUGUCCAGGUCGUCUUCCCCCCGAGGAGAAGCCUCAUCACUGAAUGGAGAGUCUCAUUAAAGAUUAUUUUCUCCAGUUUCUUAGUCACGUCUGUCCUACCAUGGAAAUACAGAUUAUGCCAAGAAGUACCACAUUUUCAUGACACAUUCAUACAUAAUCCAUAAUUUGAAUUUUACAUAAAAGUUUACUAGGAUUUAUUAGAUUUUAUUGCAAUCUGUGCUUACCAAAUGUUUCCAUACUUAACAUUUUGGUCUUUCCAGUUAAGUGCCAUGAAAAUGUGGUUGAAUUACUCGUUAUGCAGUGUUAUUGGUAAGUCUAUUUUCACUUUUAGUUUAGUGAAUUCUAACACGUAACUAUUGAAUUCUCUACUAUUGGCAUGUAACGAGUUUAAAUUUUUUAUUAAAUAGUGCAAGCUGCCUAAAUAUGUAUUAUUUGAGAAUUGUGAAACAAAUAGUUAUAUGUAUGCAAGUCAAAGAUCAACUUAAUCAACUAUUGCUGCAACAGGAUUUUCUUAAUGGUUAUCUUCUUAAAUACACCUGCUGGUACUUGGUGUGAUUAAAUAGGAAAGUUGUUAUUAAAUAAAGAAUUUGUAUGAACCUUUGCCAUUGUUUUUGACAUGUUUUACUAAAUUAUUGUUUCUGACUUGUGUUUUAUCCAUUUUUUUGCAGUUUUUUAUUUGAUAGUUUGCUUAUUUUUCAAAGCAUUCAUUUAUUGUAAUGUUUACUAGCAGACUAGUAAACAAUAAAACAUUGAUUAUUUAGCUUUCUAAUUCAGGUUUAGUGCUAUUGUCAUUGAACACUGGUAUUUCCUGUAUUAUAUAAAACUUUAAAAUGAAAGAAUUAUAAGCAUUUGGCAGAAACAGAAAAGAACUUGCCAUAUUUUAAAAGCUACAAUUUUUGAAAAGCUUUAACUUAAUGAUAGUUUUAUCACUGUUUCCUUGUUCCAAACCUAUCCAGGGUCAUAGACAUAUGAAUCUAAUUAGUAGACACAUGGUAACUAUUGCACAGAACUGGGAAAUAACUAAUCUUAUGUCAAUUUAAUUGGCUUCUUACUAAAUAUAACAAUUCUUUUGAAAAUCAUAGUACCACAUUUCCAAACACAACUUUCAAUUUAUGCAUUUAUUAAUAUCAUGAAAUAAAAAGUAUUUACAGUCUCACUUAUGUACAAUUACCAAUAAAAUAUUUUUUAUGACUACAGAUUUUGCAUUUUUGUUUACAACUAAAGUGUGUUAUGUUGUAUUUGAAAAUCUAUCAUAGAAACCACAUGACACUUCUUAAAUCUUCCUAGGGUUUGCUUGCUUUCUCUAGCCAUUUGCUUAAUAUAUGUAGAAGACUUCUGAAAUGUAAAGCAACUUAAAGACAGUAUAUAACUUGGAUAAUAAACUAACACAUAAAAGACAUCAUGCUAACAUUUGAGGAAAAAUAAAACUGUAGACCCUGACAGUUGUGAUAUUUGGUGGUUUCUCGUGAUAAUGUAAUUUUCUGUUUCAGUACUUUUUAUUGGCACAAUGGUACUGUCUUUUGUAACAUGCUAGUUGUGAAAUACAGUUAAUUGCAUACAGUAAAAGUCUGUGAUGAAAACAUU